CCUCGGCCACGGCCUGUCGUGAGUCGUGCUGGCUAAGAAAUCAGGUCUCUCUCUCUCUCACUUAUAAAAGAACACGUAUCGGGGCCAAAAGUGCAAAACCAACUCCCAGAAGAGUGAGGAGGAAAGAAACAACUGCUCUUGGUUACCUGUCUCGGUACUCUGGGAUGGGAAGAAAGCGCUGGUCCUUCAAGAAUCUAGGCAAGUAUUCAUGGCCAUGGAGGUUUAGCAGCUCUGCCUUUCGGUGGAGACGCUUAAAUUUCCACCUUUUCAUCCUUGACGACGUCCUCUUUAAGAUUAUCUCCGUCUUCGAAGCCAUUAUUCUCGUCUCCACCCUCUGCUUUUUCUAUCUCUGUUGUGGUUGCCACUUCUGAGCCAUUCCCAGACCUUUAACGUACG